AUGCGCCUUCGCGUGUUGAUACUGUUAAUAGCUUCUCUUUCAUUUAUAAAUGGUGAAGUUACGGAGUCGUCACUGUGCGAAGACAGCGAUGAAUACUUGGAUAUGACGGACCGUGGUCUUCAACGCAUCGAGAAAGAAUUCCUUCAAAAUUCUUCCUAUUCUUGCAUCAAUCUAUCAGGCAAUGGCAUAACAGAAGUAGAAGAAGGUGCCCUAGAAAGUAUGACAAAAUUGCAAUACCUAAAUCUGACUGGAAAUAAGCUGUCAUUACAAUUUUUAUCGACUUAUGGACACCCGACGGUGAAAGUUUUGGUGCUCGACGAAGCGUUUGCUGAUAUUCAUCUUCCCAAACAUAGAAACAAAGGAAUUUUUCUACCAAUUUUGCUGAAGUUUCCAAGACUGAAACACUUGUACCUGCGUCGAAAUAAAUUCGAAAGAAUAAUGAUCCCGUCAUGGUCAUGCAGUUUUCCUCAGAUCACACAUCUUUAUUUAGAUGACAACAGACUUCAAUCCACGAGUUUUUUAACAACGCUUCCGGCGACAUUGACUCAUUUAUAUCUUCGCAACAAUAGUCUGACGGUUUUUACGUCUGGAUCCCUCGAUAAUCUCAAAGUGCUGAACGUAGACCAUAACAAUCUGCAAGUUAUAGGUAAAAACGAGUGCCGCCGACAAAGGAUAUACUUGAAGAGUGCAAUCAAUUUGGAAAAAUUGUCGUUAUUCAAUAAUCUUUUGUAUCAAGUGGAAGAAGGCGCAAUGGAAAAUCUGACGAACUUGAAGUACUUGGAUUUAUCGGAUAACUUUUUAUGGAACAUACCUCCGCGGGCAUUCCAAAAUCUCUCGAGUCUGUUAGAUCUCAAAUUGAAUAAAAAUAAUUUGACGAGUGUUCCAAAUCUCUGUAAUUUGCACAAAUUGAAAUCAUUGCAUUUGGGGGACAACGCGAUUGAGUAUAUCAAACGAGAGACCUUCUGUAACUUGAGACAUUUAAGGUACGUUGAUUUGAGUUAUAAUGCCAUUACUAGGAUUGAAUCUAGCGCUUUCGAUAUGAUGAGGUCGUUGACAACAUUGGAUCUUUCGUGGAACUACAUCGAGACAUUUUCAAGAGUCGGGCUUACUCGGACCAACUACCGUCUGGAAGACAGCAUCAAUGUAUACUUGGACAUGGCGAACUGUAGUCUUCAACGCCUCACGGAAUACUUCCUCCAUCAUUCGUUCUACAUUUGCAUCGAUUUGUCAGGCAAUAACAUACAAGAAGUAGAGGAAAGUACCAUAGGAAGCAUGACAAAAAUUAUAAUGGUCAAAUCUGGUUGGAAAUAAGCUGUCAGCCUAAUUCUAUACGCACGAAAAAAUUUAAUGGAAAAACCUAGCGAACUCGCUACUCGAGCCUAUUGGAUUCCUAUUGAAUUGUGUAGAAUUGAUUUGUAUUAGAAAAUAUUUUAUAGAAAAAGUCAGUAGAAUUAUAUUUUUCUACACAACUUAUUUUAUUAAGAUGUUUCUCUACUAUAGCGAAUGGGCGCUUCGCACCUGACGCUAGAUUGGUUUAUACUAUUCUAUUUUUUUUUCCAUUUCCGUCUUCGCAAUUAGAUUAAUUAAAUUUUAUCCAUUUUUAUUUUUAUUAUAUGUAUGUAUAUAUCUUUUCUUCAAUUCACAUGUUACAAUAUUGAAUGUAGAAGAAUUAUGUUAGAGAUCAAUAAGAAGUGCUUUUUUUGUGAUCAAAACAAAUACCCCCCAUUAUAGUUUCAAAAGUUCCCUUGCUCGGGUUAACAUAAUCGAGAGCGCGCAAUGUGAAUGUCGCUACGAUUCACAAUAUUUGAACUACGUAAUAUGGCAGUGUCCCAUACUUGAUGAAAGUAGGAAAAAGUUCAUUGCAGAUCUUGUAAAAGCUCGAGCUGGGACUCUUCCGUUUAAUAUUGAAUCAUUCCUAGCAGAUAUUCUGUUCCAGCAUUACUAAUUAUUUUCAAUUAUACCGUCAAAAAUGACAUUAUCGUUUAAGUGGAAACCGAAUCUAUUGUAUACAAUAUUUUUUUAGCUUAUAACCCCAUUGAAGGGUUGAGAAAGCGUAAAUAAAAAAAAAUAUAUAUCCAAAACAAAAAUCCUUCCAAAUCUUAUUAGGGGAAUAUAAAAAUUUCUUCAUGUAUUCCUGAAAAUUGUUAAAAUUUAUUGUUGUCGAAUAAUGAAAGAAUACCCAUAAAUUUCCAUUCCUUUCCUUGUGUUUUGACAGAAUGCAUCGAAUUACAUAAAUGUCAAUGAAUUUCGAAAAUCACGAAUUGGAGACUGAAAAUUUUUAAAAAAGGAUGAUCGGCUAGAAAAUGGAGAAAACUUGUUUGUCUUCAUUUCUGUCAGUGGAAAUUUGGAAUCACUGUUUUUUCUUUGAAUAUGGGCGGGAUAUGAAUAUUGUGGAAUUUUAUGAUCUAAUUUUAACGAGAACAAAUGAAAAAAAUGCAAAAAACGUAGGCGGCAAGAAAUUGAAAAAAAAAAUUUUUUCAAUGUCUCCGGAAAGUUUUAAAAUCGAUAUAUUUUUUCGAAUAAUGGAAGAAUACACAUAAAGUAGAUUUCUAUCCUUGUUUUCUGAUAGAAUGAA